AUGGCGGGAUACACCCCCCUCACAUACCAGGAAACCCUCAGCCUCCCUUCUUCUUCUUCGUCCUCUUCAUCCUCCUCAUCCUCCUCCUCCUCCUCCUCAUCAUCAUCAUCAUCAUUUGACGAAACAGAAAAGUUCAUCCCCGACCUCGAAACACACGACCCCCUUUUCACCCUCCCGCCACCAUCCCCCUUGCCUCCCCGUCACCGCCCACCACGCUCCCUUUUGAAACGCACCCUCAUCUUCCUACUACCCUCCUUCCUCCAACCAGGCUACGUCCAACCAAUCCCCAAGUCCCCCACCGCCUACCUCGACGGCAUCCGCGGCCUGGCCGCUUUAUUUGUCUUCUUCUGCCACUACCUCUACACCUGCUACACCAUCGCCACCGGGUACGGGUAUGUCCCCCCACCUCCCUCCCUCGACGACAGCGACGGUGACUUCCACAAUACAUCCUCCUCCGGCCCCUACAACGAAUCCCCCUUCCACAGCAGCACCACCACCACCACCUCCCUCCCCCCCAACCCCUACACACCAGACCACCUCCACCCUUUCAAGCUCCCCUUCAUCCGCCUUUUGUACUCCGGCCCCCCGAUGGUGGCCGUGUUUUUCGUCAUCUCGGGCUACGCUCUAUCCCUCAAGCCCCUCACCCUCCUCGCCUCCCAAAACUGCUCGGCCUUCUCCACCGCCCUAUCGAGCCUCAUCUUCCGGCGCUGCCUCCGCCUGUUCCUCCCGCCGGCGAUCUCCGCUUUCUUCGUCGUCAUCCUCACCCGGAUGGGUGCCUACACCGCCAUGGGUGACUUUGCCGCACUGAUGAAAUGGUCUACUGUUCGGAAUGUUUCAAGAAGAGCGCACUAUGAGGGCGCUGAAACUCGACGGCCAGAGCCAGAUGCUGAGACUGGGGAAAGGGGGUGGGGGAGAUUUAUGCAUGUCUGGGAUUGGGAGGGUGGCGGGCGGGCUGAACGAGGAUGGAUGUUCACCUCUGGACUAUACCUGUCGAGCGGUGGGCUGGUGGGGGGAGGGGUGGUGGGGUAUUGUUUUGGGAGCGGGAGGUGGGAGGUGGUGCUUUUCUUGUGGGGGAUGGGGUUGGCGGAGCGGGAUGUGUGGAGCAAGGACAGGAAGAGAAAGCAAGGAGGGGGGUGGGGGUGGGUGGUGGUGAGUCUGGUGGGGUUGUGGUUCAUGAGCCAGCCUGAUGUGGGGAGCGAGAGGACGCCUGGGUGGGUGACGCUUACGGACAUGAUACCGGGGUGGUGGGAGGAGGAGGAGAGGUAUAGGUACUACCAGAGCCUCGGGGCGGGGUUGUUUGUGAUGGCUGUGGGGAGGUGUAAGGGGUGGCAGGGGUUUUUUGCCUGGGGACCGGUGCAGUAUCUGGGACGGAUUAGCUAUGCGAUGUACUUGAUGCACGGGCCGGUGUUGCAUACGUUUGGGUAUGCUGUUGAGAGGUUUGUCUGGACGAGGAUCACGGGGGUAGAGACGGAGGGGAGGUAUGACCUGGGCUUUGGUCUGGCGGCUCUGGUCAUUGUCCCGGCGGUGAUCUGGGUGUCGGAUAUAUUCUGGAGGGGGGUGGAUGCCCCGGUCGUGAGGUUCGCGAGAUGGGUGGAGGGGGUGUGUUCUGUCAAGGAGUGA